AUGAAACGCAGAAUCACUUUUAUCCAACGCGUGGACGCGGGGUUCGAUCCACAGCAAGCUGUCCUUACCCCAACAUCCCUCUCCGUGCGCGACCUGGACGCCGCGCGGGAGGAUCGCAUCACGGUGGGACUAGACCAGCUGCCAGAAGAACUACGCGCCGUUCUAGAGAAAUCGCAUGAGCUCCACCUUCGAUGGGCCUCCGAACGACCCUAUGACGCUGUCGCGCCUUUCGCCAGCCGUGUUUCGCCCGGGUUGCAUGUGCAUUACACUCCAUUGGAAGCAGAACGGUCUCCAGAAGCAUUGUGCACACUGCUCCGCACGGUGGUCGGUCCAAACGAGGAUAGUCAAUACAAGGAUUGCUUGAAGCCUGAGGAAUCGUUCAUCACACCCCCGCUUCUAUCGACGAGAUUCGCUUCCUCGGCCUCUCUACAGUAUUAUACCCGCCUUUCCUCUGUGGAGAACCUUGUCAGAUAUAUCCGGAAUGCUGUCUGUGAUCAGAUCUCAAUAAAUAAUGCCGAGUGUCAUACCCAAGCCGAUGCGCUACUCUCUGUGGACUCGCUUGACAUCGAUUAUGACAGCAUUUCACAUGCUCUGACCUUGUCAGGGCAUUGGGCCGGCCCACCGAAAGGCGGCUGGACAGAUCAGUUCAAGAAGCCCUCUUCUUCAGCCGAUCAGAUAGAAUUUGGUCUCCUUGGCGCCGAGCCAGGGCUCGAGCCCGAGGAGAUCAAGAUGGGCGGGCUUCUAGCUGUGGUCGGUCAGGACAAGAAACUAACGCCGACUAUGUUCUCAUUCCCCUCACGCCACCAUUCUCUUAUCGAACCAGCCAGCUACACCGUCUCAUUCGCACCCCCAACAGGUCUUCAUCCAACAAUGUCUAUAUCCAUGCCUAGGUCAUCACUGAAGCGACCGCGAGCCCCCAGCGACGCAACAUGCGCACUACAUACACAUCUGACCCUCCCAUCCACCAUCUUCGGGGACCAGUACCAGCUCGCAACAAAAGAUCCUCUCUUCCUCGAAUCCCACAACCUUGUAGCCCUCCGCGCCCUAUCAGGCGAAAUGGACCUCGAGGCCCCAGACUGGGUCGUCAAGCAAUGGGGCUCAACCUGGCUUCUAGAGCUGGCAACACCACCUGAGGCCCUGGAGAACACAGCUGACUCCUCAAACUGGACCGCUACCAUCCCCCUGCAUCUCCGGUACCUGCCUCCUUCGGAAACAGGCUAUCGCACCGCGCAUGUUCCUUGGCCCGUUGUCUUCUGGGCCUGUACCGCCGAAGAUGGCACGAAGAUGAGCGUUAACCCAUUCGACCGCGCAAAUCUCGGCUGGGACGGCUUGUUCGGUCCACGGACAUUAUUCUACCAACUUCAACCUGCAGGGGAUCGGUUAGUUGAGGACCUCGAUGUGCCAGUUCUGCGUCUCGAGGGGGGAGACGGACUGUUCCAGGGUAAGUAUAUUGAGUUGGGUACUUGUGCAGUCAUUUCGCUUGGAUUCUUGUGGGUGCUUUGGAAACUUGUGCGAGUUGCAUGGGUGUCUGGGGUAGGCUCGAAUGCCGAGGUCAGACGCACUCAAGCUCCCCAUGAUAAGAAGGAAUAG